GGCAGGGGGCGCGCAUCCGGCGCACCUCGGCCAGCUCGGCACCUUUGGGGGCCUGUGCGGCCCGGUGUGACUGGAAGGAAAAUGGAGCAAGACGCCUAGCCUGAGGGGUAGCUCUUACCCCUCUGACCGAGGUCCUGCCGCUUUCGCCGCUAGGAACCUCCUUCUUCUCCGGAUCUAGUGCGUUCGAGCGCCCCGGCGGCCUGGGCCCGGCGAGUGGAAUGGUCGCCGAGGCCCAGGGCGUCGGGCUUCCGCGCGCCCCGUGACGGGAACUAGGAAGCCUCGAGGGACGGCUCCCUCACCCACCCCGCCGACUCCAGGCGCGGCAAACCCCAAUUAGUGAGCAGCAGCUGUAUUCACUGGCUGUUUGAGAGAGAGAGAGCCUGUGGUCACCGAGCUGUAGCAUUUUCUGCUGAUCCAGGCAAAUGUGCAAUACCAACAUGUCUGUGUCUACUGAUGGUGCUGUAAGCACCUCACAGAUUCCAGCUUCGGAACAAGAGACCCUGGUUAGACCAAAGCCAUUGCUUUUGAAGUUGUUGAAGUCUGUUGGUGCACAGAAGGACACCUAUACUAUGAAAGAGGACUUAUUGGGCAUCCAUGGAUCCCAGGUUAUAUUUUAUCUUGGCCAGUAUAUUAUGACUAAACGAUUAUAUGAUGAGAAACAACAGCAUAUUGUGUAUUGUUCAAAUGAUCUUCUAGGGGAUUUGUUUGGAGUGCCAAGCUUCUCUGUGAAAGAGCACAGGAAAAUAUAUACAAUGAUUUAUAGAAACUUGGUGGUAGUCAAUCAGCAGGAACCAUCAGAUUCAGGCACAUCUGUGAGUGAAAACAGGUGUCACCUUGAAGGUGGGAGUGUUCAAAAGGACCUUGUGCAAGAGCUACAGGAAGAGAAACCUUCAUCUUCAGAUUUGGUUUCUAGACCGUCUACCUCAUCUAGAAGGAGAGCAGUUAGUGAGACAGAAGAAAAUUCAGAUGAAUUACCUGGUGAACGACAAAGAAAGCGCCACAAAUCUGAUAAUAUUUCCCUUUCCUUUGAUGAAAGCCUUGCUCUGUGUGUAAUAAGGGAGAUAUGUUGUGAAAGAAGCAGUAGCAGUGAAUCGACAGGGACUCCGUCAAAUCCGGUAAUCCUCUCAUUUUAAA